UUUCAGGACAUGCAGUGAGAGAGAUAAAGAAUUCUUCCUUCUGUAUUGAGAGGACAAUUUAACCGAAGCAGCGAACUCAACAAAAUAAAGUUCUGGAUUAUUCUUGAUAGCAGCUUUUUCUAACAGUGUUGUCCCCAAUUCUUGGAAAGGAUACUGCUUCUUGGAAAGGAUACUGCUGUGUCUUUGGCUCACGGAUUUAAUUGUGUGUGUGUGCUCAAACAGAAAUGGUAAGAAAUAAUUAAUCUGAGGUUUGGUCCAAUGAAAACAAGGCUAGCGGUCACGUGGGAGCCAGAGAUCACGUGUUCAGGGCACAUCAGCCACCCGGAGCAAUGAGAUCCCGGAGGGGGGACACGCUACUGAGCACAGGGUAGACGGGAAAUAUGCAUCAUCAUCUCGUGACGACAUUCAUCAUUCUAACAGUCGCGGUGCUGGAAAGUGGGGGCUCCGGAAACAACAUUCUCCGUCUGAACAUCAAGAAGGAACCUGUCCUUGACCCCAACACCGUGUGCAAAACCUACCCGGAACUGUCCUCCCAGCAGUACAACCUGUGCCGGAAGUACCCUGACGUCACCGCCUCGGCCAUUCAGGGCGUGCAGAUCGCUAUCCACGAGUGUCAGUUCCAGCUCAGGACUCACCGCUGGAACUGCUCAUCCCUUGAGAAGAAGAACAAGAAUCCGCACGCCAGUCCCAUCCUAGCUAAAGGCUAUAAGGAGACCGCCUUCGCCUAUGCCAUCUCUGCAGCAGGAGUGACCCACCAGGUGUCCAAGGCCUGCAGCAUGGGCAAGCUCAAGUCUUGUGGCUGUGACAUGAGCGUGCACGGCAGGAGAGGUCGCCACCAGAGGGGACUGCAGAAUGUGGAGAAGACGUUCGAGUGGGGAGGCUGCUCCCACAACAUCAACUUUGGCGGUCAGUACGCCCGGAAGUUCCUGGACCUGAAAGAAGCAGCACGGGACAUCCAUAGUCAAAUCAACCUACACAAUAACAGAGCUGGCAGACUGGCAGUGAUCCGUAACGUGCGUGAGCAGUGUAAAUGUCACGGCAUGUCAGGCUCGUGUGAGCUGGAGACGUGCUGGAAGGCCGCCCCGGACUUCCGCAAGGUGGGCGAGGUCCUGAGGCGGAAAUAUGAGGCGGCCUCGAAGGUACAGGUUGACGUGUCAAACGCAGCAGACGCCAGACUGUUCAAGCGGAACGGGCGACGCCCCCACAAGAUGGACUUACUGUUCUACGAGAAGUCUCCCAACUUCUGCGAGGAGAACCCUAAGCUAGACUCCCCGGGCACCACGGGCCGGUACUGCAACAAGUCCAGCGAGGGCGUGGACAACUGCGACACACUGUGCUGUGGCCGAGGGUACAACACACUCAAGGUCAAGCGGUCGGAGAGGUGUAACUGUAAAUUCUACUGGUGUUGCUACGUGGAGUGUCAAGUGUGCACCUAUUCCGAGUGGGUUACGGUGUGUAAAUGACGUCAGAACCUACGAUUAAUUGUGAAUCAGUAUCAGAAGACAUGGGAGAUGUCAUUUGAGGUGAAACGGCAAGAAAGGAGAUGACAGAAAAUCCUUUAGAUGUGUGGUAGAACGGGGAGGAUAACGAACAAUAAGUAAUGGUGCCUCAGAAACGUCUUCGUGGGAUUUCCGUUGACAGAAGCUGAAUCCAGCAAUCACUUCAAUGUUUGCUUUUUCCUGUGUGGCUUUAAAACCGAGUCCUCCUCUUGUGGCUACCAAGUUAGCGCGAAAACAUUCAAUAUCCUCAAUAAGGUAUCAUAUCGCGAAGAACUUAAUGCGUAACUUUUUGUUGCGUUUCGCUCAAGACAUUGACCCACAUCCACAUGCAUCCACGAAGGCUGAUUUUAUGAGCAACGCCCACUCAGAAGCAUAAAAAGAAUCAGACAGAAGCUGGAGUUGUAACACAAUGUCACACUCAGAAACUAGCCACUUCUCAAAGUAAAGACUUGAAAAAUACGGGAUUGGCAAAGCUGGCCGUGGCAUGCCUAUACUCCUCUCUAUAUCAGAGGAGAAGAAAUACCGGGAUGUUCAACUGAUGAACCCCCCCCCCCCCCCAACCAAUAAACACACCAACAGUACUGUCUACGGUCUAGAAUAACAAGCGGAUAAUUAGAUAACGUCAGAUGUACGUCAUUGGCCGAUAUUUAUAAUAACAGCCAUCUUGUUUGACGUCAUUGAAGGAUUCCCACUGUGUUGUCAGCCAUGGUGGCAACCCGACCGCACGACAGCAGCCGAACCGAACAGUAGGCCUACUCUUAGUCUUCUUCUUCUUCUCAAUUUACGUAGUGUACAGCAUCAGAAUCAAUCUGGGCGGAAGAAGGAUGCUGCACAAUCAGAGACAACGUAACCGAACAGUCCAGCAAGUUGCAUAGAAAGUAGAUCUAACCCGAGUCGACAGGCUGCUAGCUGUCGUCGUGUUGUCGUGUUGCCACCUUGACUGACAACAAAGUGGGGAUCCCCCAAGGACGUCAAACAAGAUGGCUGUUACUAUAAAUAUCGGCCAAUGACGUAGAUCUGACGUUCUCUAAUUAUCCGCUUGUUCUAGAAUAAGAAUUUUUCACGAGUUGACAUAUUGUAGAGACUAAACGUCUGUGAAGAAAUUGGUUCUUUCAGAGAAGAUUACCAAUACACAAUAGCUGGGUGGAGUUUCUCAAAUGAGCAUUGAGGACGCCUACAUGUUCACAAACAGCUUGUAACGCAGGCUACCUUCUGACAAAGGUUCUGAGACGGCACAUAUUUUUGCAAAGUGUUGCUUCAUGUAUUCCUUCAACUGACUGCUUCUUGUAGCCGUUACUAGAGUAAAUCUCUCUCUCCGUGGCCAACAAAACAGAGUGCAUGCCCCUGAGCCGUCCUCAUGGCGGAAAGCACUGACGCCACACACGGAUGUAUUCAGGGAGAACAGAGAACUGUAGGGCGUCAGUCACGUCUCGCGCCACAUAACACAGCCACAUGCCCCAGGUACAACAUGGCUAUCAGGAGAAGGGUGUCCUUCCUUUACCCUGCAGACAAACAUCAAUGGUUUCGUAGCCCUGUCCUUAUGAAACACGAACCAGAUGGAAAUGGCGCCUGUCCUUGUAUUUGUCUUGAAGACAUUCUGACACCAUUUAACUUGACGUUUCUGAAUGGUUGUUUUUGUUG